GUUUCCUAUAAUAUAUAAUAAGAGAGAGUGAGAGCAAGCUAAGUUCAUUCACCGCUUCUGAGUGUCUCUUCUGAUUGGGAAUAUAGAUUCUUAGAAAGAGAAGGACAUGGCUCCAGAGCAUCCACAGUUUAUGUCAAGCACUGGCAAUCACAGCUUCACAAAUGCACCCUUAAUAGACUCCAUUGAUGUUCACCAAAUUGAAGUUCCUGAUAGGAGGAGUUGGAAGAAUUUAUUUGCAUAUAUGGGGCCUGGAUUUCUUGUUUCUAUUGCAUACAUAGACCCAGGAAACUUUGAGACGGAUCUUCAAUCUGGAGCACAAUAUAAAUAUGAGUUACUUUGGAUUGUAUUGUUGGCAUCAUGUGCUGCUCUUGUGAUUCAAUCAAUGGCAGCAAAUCUUGGAGUUGUAACUGGAAAGCACUUGGCAGAGCAUUGUAGAACUGAAUAUCCGCAAGUACCCAACACGAUCCUUUGGAUCAUUGCUGAAAUUUCUGUUGUGGCAUGUGAUAUUCCAGAAGUAAUUGGAACAGCUUUUGCAUUGAACAUGCUCUUCAGUAUACCUGUUUGGAUUGGUGUUCUUCUUACAGGGCUAAGUACAUUGAUUCUCUUAGCAUUACAACAAUAUGGGAUUAGAAAACUCGAAUUCUUAAUUGCUUUUCUGGUAUUUACCAUCUGUGCUUGCUUUAUGGCUGAGCUUGGAUAUGCAAAGCCUGAUGCAAAAGAAGUUGUGAAGGGUAUGUUUGUUCCACAGCUUAAAGGAAAUGGUGCUACCGGUCUUGCAAUUUCGCUCCUCGGCGCUUUGGUUAUGCCACACAAUCUCUUCCUCCACUCUGCAUUAGUACUUUCGAGGAAAAUACCUCGAUCCGUUCGUGGAAUCAAGGAAGCUUGCAGAUUUUACAUGAUAGAAAGUGGAUUUGCUCUUAUGGUGGCCUUCCUCAUAAAUAUCUCUGUUAUUUCUGUAAGUGGUGCAGUUUGCAAUUCUUCAAAUUUGAGUGCAGAUGAUCAGAAGAGCUGUGAGGAUUUGGAUUUGAACAAAGCCUCAUUUCUACUAAGAAAUGUGUUGGGGAAAUGGAGUUCAAAACUCUUUGCAAUUGCUUUGCUAGCAUCUGGUCAAAGUUCUACCAUUACAGGAACAUAUGCAGGGCAAUAUGUCAUGCAGGGUUUUCUAGAUUUGAGACUGAAGCCAUGGAUUAGGAACAUGUUAACUCGUUGCUUAGCCAUUACUCCUAGUUUGGUUGUAGCACUGAUUGGUGGCUCUUCCGGUGCCGGAGAGCUCAUAAUUAUUGCAUCUAUGAUAUUAUCAUUUGCGCUUCCGUUCGCCUUGAUUCCACUUCUCAAGUUCACUAGCAGCAAAACCAAGAUGGGAGAACAUGUUAACUCUUUGAUGAUCGCGUCUGUUACUUGGAUGAUCGGGUCGUUGAUCAUGACCAUAAACAUAUACUACUUAAUAUCUAGCUUCAUAAAGUUGCUUCUUCAUGCUAAGAUGAAAAUGGUUGGAAAAGUGUUUGUGGGAAUACUAGGAUUCUCGGGCGUGGCGGUGUACUUAGCCGGAAUUGCAUAUCUGGUGGUGAGGAAGAACAGAAAGGCGACACCAUUUUUGGCACUAACAUCAGCAGCAGCAGAGGAUUGCAAUGAGUCACUUUCUCAUCUUCCAAGAGAAGACAUAGUAAGCAUGCAAUUGCCUGAGAGAAUUGUUAGUCCAGCAGAUAUUUGAAUUUGUCUACAAGGGUAAACAUCUAUUUUAAUAAAGAUUUUACAGAUAUUAUGCUUCUUUGCAAUUAGAUGAAACGAGUUAAAUAUGAGGAAUACAAUUAAGGAGAAAAAACCAUGAAAUAUUGAAAUAUGAAUUCACAUUGACGCCUGUUA